AGGGCGGGGCGAGGAGCGGUGCCCGCGGAAUGGCAGAGGGAGGGCGGCUGCGCGACCUGGGUUCGGACCUGGACCUGCGCGUGGCCGAGCUGGAGGAGGAGGUUCGCCGCGUGCGGGAAGAGGUCGAGGCGUGCGCCGUGCUGGUGCUGUCCCUCGACGCGGCCUCCACCGCCGCCAGGGUGACCGCCGCCGCGAGCGGGGCCGUGUCCCACGCCGAGAGCCGGGGGGGCGGCUUCGCGGAUGGCGCCUUGGGGCACGAAGGUGGGGCCAGCAAGGAGGUCGCCGCGCGGCUGGCGGUGCUCGAGGACGCGUGGGCGCUGCGCAGCACGACGGUGGCCAGGCACGCCGAUGAGGCCAUUGCACGCCUCGAGGCGGAGUUCGUGGGCGUGUGGCGGGAACUGCGGACACAGGAGAGGCCGCGCGGGCGCCAGCGGAGCGGGCGCUCGAAGAGCUGCAGAGGGGCCUGGGCGAGCUCCGGGCUGGCCUCGCCGAGGUGCGCGGGCAGUCUGCCGCCAUCGCGGAGUCCGUGGCCACCGUCGAGCGCAGGGGCCCCGACGCGGAUGCCGUCGAGGCGCUGGUGGCGAGGGUGAUGGAGGAGGUCGGCAAGACAGCCUCCAGUCUUGAGGACCGCUUCCACCAGAUCGGCACGCUGGCCGAGGGGGCGGACCUGCAGGCGCGACGGCAGGACCAGCUGGAGCAGACCAUGGAAUUGCUGGUGAAUCAGCGCCGGGAGGACGAGCAGAAGGCGCAGGCCCAGGCGCGCGCCGUCGACUCGCGCUUCCGAGAGCUGGAGCGGAGGGAGAGGGCCGAGGGUAGCUGGCGCAUUGAGGCGCAGGCGAUCCGUGACGAGUUGGAAGACCUGAGGACCUCGCGCUUCCCCGCUGUCUGCCAGCAGUUCACUCGCACGGCACAGUCUCUGUCGGAGGGUCUGCAGGCCUUGCGAGAGGAGGUCCAGGGCCAGGCGGUGUCUGCCUCGCCGGCCGAGGCCCUCGGCUCUUUGGGCACGGGAGAUGCCGCGUCGCUCCGCGCGGAGAUCUCGGAGCUGCGCGAGCGCUUGCUUCGCGAGCUCUCUGGCGGGCUGGAUGGCCGCCUGGCGACCCUUCGUGCCGACGUGGCCGCAGAGGUUGGCAGCGCGGUCCUCGAGACGAGGGAGGCGUGGACUGCGGCGUCCCGGCGCCUGUCUGCGCUGGAGGCCUCCGCGGCCGAGACGGGCACCAUGCGGUCGGAGCUGAGGGCGCUGCGCCUGGGCCAGCAGCUGGAGCUCGCCGCGGCCCCUGGGAGCCCCUCCUCGAGCCCAGUGGCUGCGGCGUCCCAGCGCCUGGCCCUGGAGGGCGCCUCGCCGCGUGGCCGCGCCGGCGCGGGGCGCAGCGCCACGCCGACCCGCAGGCCCGCCCAGGGUGUGGCGGCCGCCGAUGGCCGCAGCGUUACGCCGCGGGGUGCCAGAGUCGGCGCGGCCGCGUGGGCGGGGCUGCCCGUGACGACGGGGCGCCGGGUGGAGUGGGCUGUGCCUGCCAGCGCGCUCGCGGCUGCGCGGCAGUCUCGCGCUGGGGGCCAGCUGGUAUGCCCGCACGGCUGUCUUGGCCAUUGCCCGCCCCUCCUCUGUGUGUGGGGAUUUCGGCCCUGGCCUGUUCCUUUCUUCUUCCCUCUGCUGCUGCCGCUCGU